UUGCGAGCAGACGUUUGAUAUUUAUAAAUUGUUCUAUAAAAUAGAAAAAAGUUGUAUUCCGAACAUUAUUUUUUCAAAUUUAUAAAGUGCAAAAUGUCUUUCAAUAACGUAUCAAGCUACCAGGAUAUCGGCGAAGACCCAAUGGAGCAGUUGGUGUGGCAGUCCAUGGAUGUCGUGGGCGGCGAGGCUUCCAAAGAGCAGAUCCUGCGCAUCGUGAGCAUUACUACCGAGAAGAGAGUUCUGAAGCUGGUGAACAACGUGGACGAAGCCAUGGACAAUCUCAUCGAGAAGGGACUUGUGAGCAAACAGCAGGGAUUAUAUCAGAUCGUCAAUCACAAUGAAUAA